UGCAUCUCCACGGUGGACGUUCUAGGUCUUUCUGCGGGAGACGAGGGCGGUGUCUGCAGCCGGGCCGCCCCGCCGUGCAGCUGCGCACCGCAUCAAUGGUCCGUUCGCCAAACUUCACAUGACCGCGCGCUCGUGUUUCGUCCACGGUCUUAUUCUUGCCUUGUUUUAGAUGUGCAAUAAAAACCUUCUACGGAUGAUUUCUAUGACGUGCCCGUUUAAUGCUUGGUGAUAAUGCUGUGUCAGUUAACAAAAAGCACGCCGUAGUUUAUUUUGAAAAAUAUCUGCACCGCUUAUCAAAGACGAGCCACACGCUGAACAAAGAGGGCAAACUCCCCAGGAUCAUGGCGGAGCACGACCCCACCCCCGAGCAGCUGGCCGCCAUCGCCGCCGAGAACGAGAGCGCGGAGAUGGUUAACUACCGUGCGCCGGCCCAGAAGUCCCUGCAGGAGAUCCACGAGCUGGACAGAAAUGACGAGAGCCUGAGGAAAUACAAGGAGGCCCUGCUGGGCUCGGAGUCCGUCCCAGAAGCCGACCCCGACGUCCCAAACGUCCAGGUGACCCAGCUGACUCUGGUGUGCGAGGCAGCUCCCGAUGCCCUGACUAUCGACUUGCAGGAGGACCUGGAGCCUUUGAAGAAGCAGUUCUUUGUGCUGAAGGAGGGCGUGGAGUAUCGGAUAAAAAUCAACUUUAAAGUGAACAGAGAGAUUGUUUCGGGCCUGAAGUACAUACAAGAGACAUUCAGGAAAGGAGUUAAAAUCGACAAGUCGGCCUACAUGGUGGGCAGCUACGGGCCGCGGCCAGCUGAGUAUGAGUUCCUGACCCCCCUUGAGGAGGCACCCAAGGGCAUGCUGGCUCGGGGCACGUACAACAUCAGGUCCCACUUCAGCGACGACGACAAGCACGAUCACCUCUCCUGGCAGUGGACCCUCGACAUCAAGAAGGACUGGACGGACUAAGGCCCGCUCCGCUCCGCUCCUCUCCUCUCCGCUCCGCCUCUGUCUCCCCCAGCUCCAUCCACUUCCCCUCUUCAUUCCUCCGUUGUAAUUUCGGCUGUAACGGCUGCAAAGAAAGGUCCCCCUGCUCUCCCCGACACUCCCUUUGCGGUCGCUCUCUUUCUUCUAUGCUUGUCGUGGAACAUCGUCAGCUCCCAUGUUCUAAGAAAUGAAAUAAAUCUGGAAUAAGUCUUGAUCCGGGCCACGGCGAUGGGGGGUAGGUAGGUCAGGCAUAGAGUAGCAUGUCUGUAUAUAAAUCACACAAUACUCCUGUUGUGGUUCUGACAAGCCCACAGCGUGGCCUAUAUAUAAAGAGAGUACUGGUGCCACUUGGGGUCAAAGGUCCCCCCCCCCCCACACUCCACUGUCAGAGCCCUUACAUCUCUCUUACACGUGUGUCUUAGGGUUUUUAAUUGCAAUUUUAACGAUGAAAUGUCAUAAGAUGUUUUUUUGUGUGUGUUCCUCAGUUUGUCAAACUUCCGAUAGCUUCCUGUCCUCAGGGGCCCAAAUUGGGGGGGGGUCUGUCCAGGCUUAUUCCUCAGGAGGUGAACACUGUGCAUUCGGGCAGAUCUCAGUUCUGGGACAUUUCGUCUACGAUAAUGUUGACGGGUGUCCGAUGGUGUGAAUUCUGAAGGUGAUGGUUUGUGGC